AUGGCGGCGACAAUAUACGGCGUCAGGAGCUUUUUCCUCUCGGCAGCGAUUGUGAUAUUGUUCGCCGGCCGUUAUGGAGGCGCUGCCGAAGCCACCGGAGGUUACAUCAAAUACAAAGAUCCAAAAGCGCCGGUGGAAGAGAGAGUGGAAGAUUUGUUAAUACGAAUGACAUUACCGGAGAAACUUGGUCAAAUGUGUCAAGUUGAUCGAUUCAACUUCUCAUUCUUCCCCACGGGUCAAGAAAUCUUCACAAAGUACAUGAUCGGAAGUGUUUUGAGCAACCCUUAUGAUACCGGUGCUAGUCAGCUAAAGCGAGUUCUCACGUCGAACACUAUGCAAAAAUUGAGUCUUUCAACGAGGCUUGGAAUCCCUAUGCUUUACUCUAUUGAUGCCGUUCAUGGCCACAACACUUUUAUCAAUGCCACCAUUUUCCCACAUAACGUCGGUCUUGGUGCCACUAGGGAUCCUCAACUUAUCAAAAAGAUUGGAGCUAUAACCGCACUUGAAGUAAAGGCAACAGGAAUCGCGCAAGCUUUUGCGCCUUGUGUUGCGGUUUGCAGAGAUCCUAGAUGGGGAAGGUGUUAUGAAAGCUAUAGUGAAGAUCCUAAGGUUGUGAAUAUGAUGACCGAAAGUAUCAUUGAUGGAUUACAAGGGAAUGCUCCUUACAUCGCUGAUGUCAAGACUAAUGUGGCUGGUUGCGCCAAACAUUUUGUUGGGGAUGGAGGAACGGUAGGUGGAAUCAAUGAGAACAACACUGUGGCUGAUGAUGCUACUCUCUUUGGUAUCCAUAUGCCUCCGUUUGAGAUUGCGGUCAAGAAAGGGAUCGCAUCAAUCAUGGCUUCUUAUUCUAGUCUUAACGGUGUUAAGAUGCACACAAACAAAGCAAUGAUCACUGAUUACCUUAAGAACACACUCAAAUUCCAAGGCAUUGUUAUCUCUGAUUGGGAAGGGAUCGAUAGGAUCACAACUCCACCCAAAGCAAACUACAGUUACUCUAUUGAAGCUUCCAUUAAUGCCGGAAUUGACAUGGUUAUGAUUCCAUUUGAGUACAAAGAAUUCUUGGAGAAAUUGACAAAUCUAGUGAACGGUGGAUACAUACCUAUGAGCCGUAUAGACGAUGCUGUUCGAAGGGUCUUGAGAGUCAAAUUCUUUAUCGGUCUCUUUGAGAAGCCAUUAGCAGAGGAAACUCUUGACCCCGAGUUUGGAUCUGAGGCGCAUCGAGAAGUAGCUAAAGAGGCAGUGAGGAAAUCAAUGGUGCUUCUAAAGAACGGGAAGACAAACGCCGAUAAGGUUGUUCCACUCCCGAAGAAGGCGAAAAAGAUCCUUGUUGUGGGCCGACACGCUAACGACAUGGGCUGGCAAUGCGGUGGCUUCAGUCUCACUUGGCAAGGAUUCAACGGAACCGGAGAAGAUAUCGGUCGUAACAAAGCCUUGGGACUCCCCACCGGUAAAACAAGAGGAACUACAAUAUUGGAAGCCAUCCAGAAAGCAGUGGAUGCGACCACUGAAGUUGUCUACGUCGAGGAACCAAACCAAGAAACAUCGAAGCUUCAUCGUGACGCAGCAUACACAAUUGUGGUCGUAGGUGAAGUUCCUUACGCAGAGACACGAGGGGACAGUAGCACACUAAGCAUAGCCGAGCCAGGUCCAGCCACGAUCAACAACACGUGUGGUAGUGGGAUGAAAUGUCUAGUGGUCCUAGUCACAGGACGUCCGCUCGUGAUCGAGCCGUACCUUGAAAAAAUCGACGCUCUUGCGGUCGCUUGGCUUCCAGGAACCGAAGGACAAGGAGUCGCUGAUGUCUUGUUUGGUGAUCAUCCCUUCACCGGCACGUUAUCUCGCACGUGGAUGAAGAAUGUGGCUCAGCUUCCGAUGAACGUUGGCGACAAGAACUACGAUCCUCUCUUCCCCUUCGGAUACGGAAUCAAAACUUGA